AUGGAAUUAGAAACUGAAAUUCCCAUUUGGUACAAAGGAAAAGUCAAAUGGAUUUCAAAUUUAACAACACGUUCAACAUGUUUAGAUGUUAUUCAAGCAAUUUUAUCAUCUUUAGCAAUUGAUUCUCGUCAAUCUAAUAUAAAUGAAGAUUUUCUCAUUUAUGAAUGUUGGCGAGGUGUUGAACGACCAUUGAAAAAUCGUUGUCGAUUAUUAAAAUUAUGGAAUUCGUGGGCAGGUGAAUGUGAAAAUGUCAUAUUAACAUUACGAUCUCGUCAAGAAGAAACAAUUCCAACACAUAUUUUAAUUCGACAACAAGAAAAGAAAUUAAAUAAAUUAAAACGUCAAUUAAAUAAAACAAAUAAACAAAUUGAAUAUUUAAAUCACAAUGAAAAUGAAAAUCAAAUGUUAAUUUAUUUAAAUCUUUCACGUUCAAUUCUUCGUUUAAAUAAAGAAAUUCAAAAUGAAGAAAAAUUCAUUUCAUCUUUAUUAAUUGACAUCGAACAUGAAAAUUUAACAAAUAAUUUUAAUCAUGAACUUUUAAAUAAUGUUAAUCAAACUUUAAUUUUUAGUCGACAAUUAACUUUACUCUCUGAUCAAUUAGACCAACAAAUCAUUCAAAUUAAUCAAGAAAUUGAUCAAAAAUUACUUUUACUCGAUGAAUUAGAAUUGGAUUAUGCAUUACAAGAUAAUAUCGAUUUAGAUAGUCUCGAUGAACAACAAACAUCUCCGAUUAUUUCAGUUAAAUCAAUAACAGUUCCAAGUCGACCAACAGCAAUUGUUGAACCAAAUUUUUCGAGAAUUAAAUCGAAAGAAAGUUUGGGAACAAAUGUUUUAUCGAGAUUUUCAUUGGAUAAUUUGAGAAAAAGAGAUGAAAGUUUAUCGAAUCAAUCUUCGAUUCAUCUCAUUCCAAUUUCUAUUUCAUAUUGUAAUUCAAUGAAUAAUGAUGAAUCAGAUACAGGAAUUAGUUCAACUCAUUCAAAUGAUGAACAAUUAAUUACACUUGUUUAG